UUCGAACAAAAAACCACGUACGUUCGAACUAAAAAGUGAGAAAUUCUUUAGUUUUGGAACAAUUUCGCCAGAUUUCAGUCAUUUAACUCUAACGGAUAAAGAAAUUUGGGGCCGAGCUCCGAGUGUCUCUUUAAAAAAUCAUCGACAACCGGCAAGCAUUUCGGUUUGCGAUUUUGCACGGAACGAUCGAGUUAUCCUUCAUUAUCCAGUACGUUACGUUACGGUCUUCUGCAAUUAGGAUUACGGCUAGCCGAUAUCAAAACCAGAACAUCAACGAAGACAUCAACACCAGAAAAACGCCAAACAACGUUACUGAAAUUCCCAGAUAAUCGGGACACGUGGCAAUAGUAACCGGUCUCUCAGAGAGCAGAAGGCUAUAUAUCUUCAGGGUACCUUGCGAAGACCCAGGAAGCUGGAUUCAAGAGCCGUACUAGACUAGAAAGAAGCAGCAUGGAAAUUGUAGGCGCCGUGCAGUGCUACGAGUGGGGCAAGCUGGGGAAUGGUUCGCUCGUAGCGCAGCUGGCCCGUGCGAAUGAUACUGGGUUGACGGUGGAACCGGAUAAGCCUUACGCCGAGCUGUGGAUGGGCGAUCAUGUAAACGGUCCGGCUACCGUCAAGGCGAGCGGUCAAUCGCUCGCCAAGACGAUUCAGGCUGAUCCGGUCGGCACUAUCGGGAGCGAGACAGCUGCGAGUUUGCCGUUCCUGCUCAAGGUGCUGAGUAUCCGCAAGGCGCUCAGCAUCCAGGUGCAUCCAGACAAGCCGGAAGCGGAGAAGCUGCAUCGGCAGUUCCCGGACGUGUACAAGGAUCCCAACCACAAACCGGAGUUAGCGAUCGCACUGACCGACUUUCAGGCCUUGUGUGGCUUUCGACCGUACCCGGAAAUUCUACAGCUGAUCGAGGAGUGGGCCCCACUGCAGACACUACUGGGACCCGAAACGCUAGCCCGCUUCCGGGCGAAUCCCGACCGGCAGGCGGUACAAUGCGCCUACGAGCAGCUGAUGCGCAGCGAACCGGAAGCACUGAACCGCUGUAUCGAUGCGAUCGCGGAACGGAUGCGUUCGGCACCGACGAAUGCUACUGGUGAGCUACCAGAGCUGUUCCUGCGCCUGACCACCGAUUUCGAUCACGAUGUCGGUCUGCUGUCGAUCUUCUUUCUCAAUGUGUUGCGGUUAAAACCGGGCGAAGCGAUCUACCUCGCGGCGAACGUACCGCACGCGUACCUCGAGGGUGAUUGCGUCGAGUGUAUGGCCUGCUCGGACAACGUGGUCCGGGCUGGGCUGACGCCCAAGUUCAAAGACGUCGACACGUUGCUCCGGCUCGUCUCGUACGAAUGUGGCCCACCGGCCGCAAUGCUGGCUCGCGCCAGGUUGCUUAACGAGGACACGCAACCCUACACGCGCACCUUCGUACCACCGGUACCGGACUUUGCCGUUUCGGAGAUACGGCUGCCGGUCAAUGUUGCUCGCCAGUACACGCUGGACAAUCCGAUCACCGGUUCCAUACUGCUCGUGGCUGGGUCGCCAGGCCAAGCCACCCUAACAGCCGCGGAUGGACAGCCCAUCGCCGAUCUCAGGCUCGGUACCGUGCUGUACCUGCCCAGCAGUGCCGGCCGCACCCUUCACCUGCAGCUCACCGGUACCGACGACGGCAACGACGAACCAUUCCUCGCCUUCCAGGCGAUGGCAAAUGAUUUUGCCGCCAAGUAAACUGGAACCCGACCGCGCCACGCGCUGGAGCACAAAAUAGUCAUUGCAAUAUUAAAACCCAUUUGAUCAAACAAUUUAUUAUUUACAUAAAUAUUACACAAAAAAGAAGAAAAACAAAAUAAAAAUAUAAAAGAUGAAAGCGAAAGGUACCAA